ACACCAGAGGCGGAAGUGGGAGACGUCUGUGAGAGCAUAGGUACUGGGUGUGUACCUCAGGGAUGCUGCUUUAUAUUGUUUCAAAGCCGGUCGGGAUGUUUGAGCUAUACAGCCUAGCCUCUUACAGAACUGCGGUUUGGGGAUGAAGAGGGAGGGAAGAGCUCAUAAUGUGGCUUUGAUUUUGCAAAACCUACCUGAUUCAAAUCCUCCACGCUUUAGCUAGCUAACAUAAGCUAGCUCGGCGCUGUUUCAGAUUGUGUAAUUUUAGGAGUAACGUCUACCUUUUACCUUAUGGAGGGUUAAGUAAGCCAAUGUAUAUGAAGCAUUUAAUUCUCAUAUUUGUGGUUCCACUACUUUUUCUCAUCACAGCUGGCAUUUUAUUUGCCGUUUUCUUCCAGUAGGACUGAGAAAUGUUUAGUUUGCAAGAAGUAAUGCAUCUCACGAAAAUACUUGUGUUAGCUAGAAUCGAUCUUUUAUUCCUUUUCACGAAUUCCUGAUAAUAUUUUGCCUUUUCUACUAUGGCGGCUGCUUAAAAAACAGCUCUUUUUAGCAUUUCUGGAGGGAUACAAAGUCCUCUUAAGAAAAUAAGCUAUGCCUUCAGGCCCCAAACUAGAUCUUUUUGAAGAUGAAAAUUUCUUUGGAAUCACUGCAUUAUAAUGAAGGAGACCAUAGGAUAAAUUGAGUAAUAGAAGUCUGUGUAAGCAAUCUGAAAGAUCUGGGCUACCUGACCAUUAUGGCAUCAAGAAACCUCUGGCACAUGAGAAGUAACUUUCUUUUUGGGUCAAGAUACUGGAUAAUGCAAUGUUCAACAGAAAUUCUCCUCAAAUCCAUUUCAUUUAGGCCUUUUGGUGUGAAAUGUAAUAAUAUAGACAGUGAACCUUCAGAGAAUGAAGACCUGCUGAAUAACUUACUUAUCAUGGGAGUUGAUAUUGACAUGGCUAGGAAAAGACAGCCUGGAGUGUUUAAUAGGAUGGUUACUAAUGAACAGGACUUGCAGAUGUUCCUUCUCUCCAAAGGAGCUAGCAAAGAAGUGAUUGCUAGUAUCAUAUCAAGAUAUCCACGAGCCAUAACACGUACUACUGAAAGUCUUUCAAAACGGUGGGAUCUGUGGAGAAAGAUUAUCACAUCAGAUCUUGAAAUUGUAAAUAUUCUGGAACGUUCUCCUGAAUCCUUUUUUCGGUCAAGGAACAAUGAAGACUUAGAGAAAAAUAUAAGCUACCUUUGUUCAGUUGGAUUGACCAGUAAAUGCCUCUGUCGAUUAUUGACCAACGCCCCUCGUACCUUCUCUAAUAGUUUUGAUUUGAAUAAGCAGAUGGUUGAAUUUUUACAUGAAGUAUGUUUGUCUUUGGGUUAUAAUGACCCCUCAGAUUUUGUGAGAAAGAUAAUUUUCAAAAACCCUUUCAUCUUAAUUCAGAGCACCAAACGAGUGAAAGCUAAUAUUGAAUUUUUACAAUCAACUUUCACAUUGAACAAGGAAGAACUACUAGUUCUGAUAUGUGGUUCAGGAGCUGGAAUCUUAGACCUUUCCAAUGAUUAUGUAAAAAGAAACUACAAAAAUAUCAAAGAGAAGCUGUUUUCCUUGGAAUGUACUGAAGAGGAGGUACAGAAGUUUGUCUUAAGCUAUCCAGAUAUGAUCUUCUUGGCAGAGAAAAAGUUUAAUGAUAAAAUAGAUUGCCUCAUAACAGAAAAAAUUGGUAUUUCACAAAUAAUUGAAAAUCCUCGAGUUCUAGAUUCAAGCAUAAAUACCUUAAAAAGUCGAAUCAAAGAAUUGGUACAUGCUGGUUAUGACUUGAGUACAUCAAACAUCACUAUUCUGUCUUGGAGUCAAAAAAGAUAUCAAGCUAAACUAAAAAAAUUAAAACAGCAGUUGGGGCUUAACUCUUAAAUAGUAGUAUUUAUUUUUUGAUGUAUCAAAGGAGGAUUUUGAUUUCUUAACCAUUGAUGUAUGUAUAAUGAUUGUUUGGAUAUUUUGGCUUAAAGUUUGUAGAAACUCAUAGUUGGUAUGAUGGAGUUACUUCUCCAAGCUACUGCUACUCCAGUUUGAACUAAUGUCCUGUUAUGU